CUUCAUAGUUAAUUAAAUAUCAACAGAUCCUAAGAUGGAGGUCAUCGAGGAGUGGAUUUUGUGAGGAGCUGUUUAACCCAUGUAAUGUGCCGUAAUGGUUGAUACAGGCGAGAUAAGUGUGUUAGUAGUGUUGCUGGAUUGUGUACUUGAUGUGGAUACGUGAUUUCUGGGAUAUUUUGUGCGUUAUUUUAGGAAGAUAUCUUGGUCGAGAACGGAAUGAGUCGCGAACAAGAUUGUGUUGACCGUCGCGAUGGUCGCAAUCACAAUAAUGGAUCUCAAGCCAGCUGCCCAGUGGCAAUGCCCGGGAGCUCGGGCGGGGUAAGCAGUGAGGUGUCCGGUCAUGCAAGAAUGGUGCUGCGAGAAAUGCACAGCCUACAGCAACAGGGAGUUUUAUGUGAUGUUGUUCUUAGAGUAGAUGGCCAUAAAGUAAAAGCCCACAGAGCAGUGCUCUCAGGGUGUAGCCCCUAUUUUAAGGCCAUGUUCACUGGAAAUUUGUGUGAAAGUGAGAAAGAAGAAAUUGAUCUGAAAUCAGUUGAUAAAACGGCAAUUAACAUUCUUGUAGACUUUGCCUACACAGGAAAAAUAGCAGUUACCCAUGCCAAUGUCCAAUCUCUCUUGCCAGCUGCUAAUCUGUUUCAAAUGCAUUCUGUUAAAAAGCUAUGCUGCGAGUUCUUACAAUCUCAACUCCAUGCCACAAAUUGCCUUGGGAUCACUCAUUUUGCUGAAGUCCAUGCUUGUAAGGAACUCCAGGCAUAUGGGGACAAUUUCAUUGCUGCUCAUUUUCAAGAGCUCAGCCAGAGCGAAGAAUUUUGCCAUCUUGUCUUUGAAGAGUUGACUAGAAUCCUCUCAAGAGAUGACCUCAAUGUUUCGUCUGAAGAAGUGGUCUUUGAUGCUCUGGAUAUCUGGUUGAAUUACGAUCCUAACAGACGACAGUGCUAUCUUGGAAGAGCUCUUCAGUGUAUACGGCUGCCUCAGCUCACACAUAAGACUUUAACAAAGUUAUACAGCACCCACCCCUUUAUCAAGGAGAAUGCUCUCUGCCAAGAACAGGUGAAUAAAGCACUGCAAUACCAUCUCAACACAGAGGAUCGGCUUACACUGGCCAAAAACAUGAAAGACAAAUUAAAGAAGAGAGGAGAGUUAGAGAUGUUUUGUGCUGUUGGAGGAAAGAAUGGCUUGUUUGCAACUCUUGACAGUGUUGAAGUCUAUCGAGCAGAGACAGAUAGCUGGAGUGAAGUAGCCUCCUUGAACUGCAGGCUUCAGGAAUGCGCUGCCGCAGUUGUUGACCAGAACCUGUACGUCAUCGGAGGAGUGCGAUGCCAACUCAGAAACGGCACCUCCUAUCGUUGCUAUGACAACGGUGUUGAAAGAUGGCAGCCAGACACUAACACUUGGAGUACAGCGGCCAGCAUGCACAUGUGUCGGAGCAAUCAUGGUGUUGCAGUGCUUAAUGGGAAAAUCUACGCUCUCGGAGGAUAUAAUGGAGAGUCUUACAUGAAGAAUGUAGAGGUGUACUGUCCAAAGAACAACCAGUGGAAGAUGGCCACACCAAUGCUUGAACGCAGGAGUAUCUUCACCACAGCUGUAGUUGAUGGAAAGAUCUAUGCCAUUGGUGGCUAUGGACCUAACUAUCUUAACAGUAUGGAAAGAUAUGAUCCAGACAAGGACUUCUGGGAAAAGGUAGCACCACUCACUGACCGAAGGAUUAACUUUGGGGUAGCUGUACUUCAUGGGUUCAUCUAUGUUGUUGGAGGACACAAUGGGGAGCAGUAUCUCGACAGCGUAGAACGAUAUGACCCACAUCAGGAUAAUUGGAAAACAGUGGCUUCAAUGGGCAUGCCAAGAACAGGUCUUGGAGUGACUGUUAUGGGUGGACAUAUCUAUGCAGCUGGUGGUCAUUCUGGGGCAGCCUAUCUUGACCGGGUGGAGAAGUAUGACCCGUUCACAGACACCUGGACAUUGGCCAAGACCAUGCUGAAUUGCAGGUGUAAUUUUGCCUUUGCUGCCUUGUAAGCCAAGUAUCAUAUGAACCCAUAUCCUGUGGUACCAAUUCAUGAAAUUUGUCGGCAAUGGCAAGUUGUCUUUUUUGGAGGUGGGAACACAGACUUUUUUCCCCAGUCAAUCCGAACCAUGGAUUUCGGGGCUGAAAAUUUAGUCAGUGAUGACAUUUUCAUGAAUGAUUUUUCAAUCUGCCAACCACUCCAAAAUAUCAUGAUAUUGAUAAACCUUAUUUAUUUCAGUAUGAUAUUAAAAGGGGAAAAUGGCCAUUGAAUUUUUUCAGUCUGAUUGCAGAUUUAUAGGAAGAAGUUUAUUCUCAAAUAAUACAAUGAAUCAGUCAUUGGAGAAAUGGUAAUUGAAGAUGCACUCUCCUUUGUUUUAGAACAUGUCAUAAAGAGGCCUUAGGGUGUAGGAAUUAUCAAAAGCUCAUUUUGGAUACAGAAACAUUAUGUCAAGGAUGUCGACUUUGUAAAAUAAUGGAA